GCACUGCCAAUUACAUGCACCAGGCCUGCCAGGGGCCAGGGCACGCUGUUAGAGCAGCUUAUCGAUAAGCCCGGCUGCGCGGCUGGGGCAAAUCGCCCUCGAACAAUUCUUUGGCCUUGACAUCACCGGAACUCGCCAGCCUCGUCCAAGCGAGCCUGAAGCAAAGAUGUUGCGCUCAUGUAGCUCGCGUUUGCCCGCAAGGCUGCACGGCCUCGCGAAACCUCACACCAUCAGUGCCAGGCCAUCAUCAUUCCUAACAAGGUCCUUGGCCACCGUCGCCCCUCCUCCCGCUGCGCGAGAACCCACGGAGCUGAGCGACAUCACUACACUCCCAAAUGGCAUCCGGGUUGCCACAGAAGCCCUGCCAGAUGCCUUCUCGGGCAUGGGCGUCUACAUAGACGCCGGCUCGCGGUACGAGAACGCAUACUUGCGCGGCGCAAGCCACAUCAUGGACCGGCUGGCCUUCAAGUCCACCUCGACACACUCGGCCGACGAGAUUCUAGAACAAGUCGAAAACCUCGGUGGGAACGUGCAAUGUGCGUCCUCACGAGAAUCCAUGAUGUACCAGGCCGCCACAUUCAACACCGCCAUCCCCACAGCGGUUGGCCUGCUCGCCGAAACAAUACGGGAUCCCAAGCUCACGGAAGAGGAGGUGCAGCAACAACUGCUCACCGCCGAGUAUGAGAUCACCGAGAUCUGGUCAAAGCCAGAGCUCAUCCUGCCCGAGCUGGUCCACACGGCGGCCUUCAAGGACAACACCCUUGGCAACCCUUUGCUCUGCCCGCAGGACCGCCUCGGCGCCAUCGACAGGAAUGUCAUCCAGGCCUACAGGAACGCUUUCUUCAGGCCAGAGCGCAUGGUGGUCGCCUUCGCCGGAGUACCUCACAGCGAGGCCGUCAGGCUGGCCGAACAGCACUUUGGUGACAUGCAGGGCCCCGAGCUGCCGGCAGUCUCAGACGCUGCAUCCGAGGCCUCAUCGGCAUCCGAGACGAGCUCGCAGACCAGCGACUCUGCCGCGUCGUCUGCGUCCUCCUUGUCCUCCGGGUCGCCCCAGCAGUCCUCCAAGCUCCUCUCCAAAAUACCCUUCUUGAAGAAUCUCUCCACGUCGGCACAACACAACGCCUCCAUCGCCUCGUCCCCUUACAUUCCCAUCUCUGGCGAGGACCUUAGCCGCCCCGCCAGAUACACAGGUGGCUUCCUCUCCCUCCCCACCCAGCCGCCUUCUCCCAACCCCAUGAUGCCCGCCUUUACACACAUCCACCUUGCUUUCGAGGGUCUUCCCAUCUCUUCGGAUGACAUCUUCGCCCUCGCCACUCUGCAGACCCUUCUCGGAGGCGGCGGCUCCUUCUCAGCUGGAGGCCCAGGCAAGGGCAUGUACUCCCGCCUCUACACCAAUGUCUUGAACCAAUACGGCUGGGUCGAGUCGUGCGUCGCUUUCAACCACAGCUACACCGACAGCGGUCUGUUCGGCAUCGCCGCGUCCUGCUACCCGGGUCGAACGGCCAAGAUGCUCGAGAUCAUGUGCCGGGAACUCCGCGCCCUGACGCUCGACUCCGGCUUCUCCCGCCUGAACCAAGUCGAGGUCACCCGCGCCAAGAACCAGCUGCGGUCCAGCCUGCUCAUGAACCUCGAGAGCCGCAUGGUCGAGCUCGAGGACCUGGGGAGGCAGGUCCAGGUCCACGGCCGCAAGAUCCCAGUGCGCGAGAUGACCAGGAGGAUCAGCGAGCUCACGAUCAACGACCUGAAGCGCGUGGCCAAGAUGGUUGUCGGUGGCAUGGUCAACAACCGCGGCCGAGGGAGUGGCGCGCCGACAGUGGUGCUGCAGGAGGCCGAGGCCCCGGGUACCACAACAAGGACGCUGUCAUGGGACGAGAUCCAGGACACGAUUCACCGGUCUGGACUGGGGAGGCAUGGUUAGUGGGACAGUGAAUAUGGCUUUUGUCGCCACGGAUUCGGGUCGUUGUACCCAACACUCUACUCGGGAGGCUACACGAAAUGAGUUUCCCCAGGACUAAAGUGGCAAGGCGAAACUCGCCUCCUUUCUCAGAGAGAGGUAUGCCUUGAUUCUGGCGCCUAAUAAUCGCAAAGAUCCACCGGAAGGACGUCCAAGGCUUUUGGACAAUACGUGUAAAAUAGACUAGACACCAUAUCUCAAUGUAUACAAGGUCAUACAUGUUGCCGAUUCGCAGUGUUGUUUGAUGAUUCUCCCCAUGAUGAGAG